GGGGAUACCGGGAGAACAAGAGGAGGAGGAGGAGGGAAAAAACCCACCUCCCAAACUUCCGGUGUGGUGUGAUCGGGGCCAGAGCUGAAGCAGUGGGGCUGGGCUUGGGAGGCUGCUCUCAGGGGCAUCCGUGACCGUGACCGGGACCGUGACCGUGUUGGCAGCGCUGGGGCCAUGGUGAAGAUUAGCUUCCAGCCGCCCGUGGCCGGGCUCAAGCCCGACAAGGAGGCGACUGGCGAUGGGGCCAACUCGGAAAUCCUCCUGCCGCAGACCCUGGAGGAUGGGCUGCCCCCAGGAGCCACAGCCGCCCGAAGGAAUUUGAUCAGCAGCAUGUUCACUCUGACCACGGGCAUAGUCCUGCUCCUGGGCCUCCUCUUUGCCUCCGUGUACAUGUACAGACACUACUUGAUCCCUCAGAUCUCGCACCGGCCUCGGGAGAAUGUAUUCCGCUGUGGGGUCCUCUACGAGGACUCGCUUUCUUCCCCCUUCCACAGCCGUCUGGAGCUUCAGGAGAAUGUAGAGAUUUACAUCAAGGAAGAUUACGAGCAUAUCAACAUCCCGGUUCCCCAGUUUGGGGGUGGCGACCCAGCUGACAUCAUCCAUGAUUUCCAGCGGGGCCUGACUGCCUACCAUGACAUUGCUUUGGACAAGUGCUACGUCAUUGAACUCAACACCACCAUUGUGAUGCCCCCAAGGAACCUCCUGGAGCUGCUGGUGAAUGUGAAGAAGGGGACCUACCUGCCCCAGACAUACAUCAUCCAGGAGGAGAUGAUCGUCACUGAGCAUGUCAGCGAUAUGCAGCAGCUGGGUUCCUUUAUCUACCGAUUGUGCAGUGGCAAAGAGACCUACAGACUGCGGCGCCGCACCACGAGGAGACGCAUCAACAAACGGAAUGCCGGAAAUUGCCACUCUAUCCGACACUUUGAGAACACGUUUGUGGUGGAGACAGUGAUCUGCGAGCAGUAGCGGACCUCUCUCUUCUGGCCUCUCCUUCCCAUCCUGGCUUCCAGCCUUGUCCCUUCCCUUCUCCAUUGCUGGCCUUCGCCCCUUCCCUUCCCUUCCCUUCCCUUCCCUUCCCUUCCCUUCCCUUCCCUUCCCUUCCCUUCCCUUCCCUUCCCUUCCCUUCCCUUCCCUUCCCUUCCCUUCCCUCCCUCACUAGGCCUUGCUUUGCUUCUCCCUGGGAAAGCCUUCCUUCAGACUUUGUCCUGCUCCAGACUUUUCUUUGCCUCCCUGGCCUGUGCUGUGCUGUAACCCCCUGGGGUCCCCCUUUAUCUCCCCUGUAUCUCUUAGUGGUGCCUGACAGUAGCUUUGAGGCUGGGGGUGGCAAUCUUGAUCUUGGGAUUACAUUUAUUCGGUGACUUGGAAACAAAAGCUCAGUGGGACCCAUGCUUUGGGUUUCAAUGGUUGGAGAUGAGGAGGGGUCAUGGGAUGGUUGAUCUAGACCUAGGAGGUCAUUGUCAAGCUAGAGUGGGAAGUCAUUGAAUCCAACCUCCUCAUUUGACAGUGGAGAAACUGAGGCUAGAGAAGGCCAGCCCAGGGUAGCACCGCUGAGAUGGAAUUUGAACUCAGGUCUUCUAACUCUGAAGCCAGUGUGUUUCCCAUGGCCCCAAAGGGCCUUCUUUGUAGGUUACUGCUCUCUUCUUGGGAGUGGGGGAAGGCCUUGGCCUGGGCUUCUGCCAUCUUGGGGGUGGGGUGAGGGGUAGAGGAUGGAGAACCGGGGCAGGGCCACCUGAGAGUUGGCAUAGAUAAAGAGCACAAGGUUAGGCUGAUGCCCCAGCACAUUUCUGCCUGGUGCCCUAUGGGUUGAGAGGGAGAGAGGGAGGGUUGGUUGUUCUCAGGGAAGGAGAAGCAUGGAGAACCAGGCGAGUACAAUCUGUCCAUGUAGCAGAACCAAAAAAAAUAUGAGUGAGGCCAGUCACCCAAGGCCAAAGUCACCCGGUACUGCUGAUCACAGCAGUGGGCAGACGAGCAGUGUCCAUUGGUGCAGGAAGUUAAAGGAUUGGAGCUCCCAGACUGGGCAGGGGGUGGCAGGGUCAUUAGCUCAUCUAAGCACACGGGGGUUGGGUGGGUGGGGCAUCACUGGGAUUAGGGAGCCUGUGGGGUGCACACUCUGGAGCCCACCUGAGUGGGAUCCUCUUCUGAACCCACAUCAGAAGAGGGAGCCAGGGUCAGAAUCACUCAGCCUCAGACUUAGGGUGAGGGCCUAAUCUGGACCAGUCCCUUCAUUUUACAAAGUGGACAGAAGGGGCUUUGAACCCAUGCCCUUGGCCCUGCAUCCAAAGCCCUGAACCUUGCUUCAGGUGUGACUGGACUGACAUUACUUGGAGUUAGGUUGGAGCUGUUAGCUUCUCCAGAAUUAGAGCUGGUGUUUAAAAGGGGAGGGGUAGGGUUGAGGGUGGGGGGUGGGGGAUAGGAUCCAGUCCAGGUUUGAACUUGGGAAGGCUCUGGAAGAAAAGGCCAGAAUGAGCUGGUACAUUUAUACCCAGCUUCCUCCUCGCUUUUAGGAAUUCUCCUUUUCCCUCCUCCCUGUAAUUUUCCUCUUCCUCCCCACCUCCCAGCCCCUGGCCUUGGGGUUGGGGCAGAUAUAGAAUGUGUCCUCGUCUUUGACUUUGCAUGAUUUCCCUGGUCAUUUAAUAUGCUAACAAUGUGCAGCCUGAAACCUUAAUUAACAAAAGGACCUUGGUUGUUCCUUCCCCCUGCAUUAAUAUAAGGGUCCAGCCCUCAGCUGCCCGGCAGCUCCCCCUCCUGGGAUGGGACUCCAGACGCUUUGUAUAUUUUAUCUGUUAGAUUCCUGUUUUGGGAAAAGUCCAUAAAAGAAUAAAUUCUUUGACCUCUGA